AUGACCAACAUACAUGCAUCACGACACAAAUACAGCUUAGUUGCAGUUCUACUCCUCGUAGCCGGUUUCAUGUUUUUUGUGCCACGAAAACAUUUGACACAAUAUGUAAGAAUCUUAUCCGUUUCCGACCCUAAUCCUUCCACAACACCUCUCAGGAAUAAGAUUGAAACAGUUAUCCUUCCCAAAAGUGCUGAUGGUAUCCCGUAUGCAGAAAUAGAAAUAAUACGAAGAGACUGUGGACAGCUCUGCAAUACAUCGCGACCCGGUACACCAGGUCCUUAUUUUAACCACGUAACAGCACCAAUAAAUUGUGUAGCAAUUUUUAAAAAUGAAUACAUUGACAAAGGGCAUGGGUUGAAAGUAGCACCAAGAAAGAUUCCAGAUAGACUUCUUAAAGACUACACAAUGAAUUUUCAACUGCCAGUAUCUGAGUGGUAUUUCAAUAUGCCAUAUCUGAAUACAAAAAGUAGAACACCUAUAUGGACAAGAGAAAAUGUAGACCAACAGGUCUCUCUAGCAAGGAGAGGAAUUUUAGGUGGGGCUUAUGGCAGUUCAGAAACUAACGCGUUAAGAGAUGGUUUACAGCAUGCUCCUGGCGUCAAAGGUGGGCGUGUCUUGGUCAUAGGUUCUGAGAGUCCAUGGGUUGAGGCAUGCGUAUUGGAGGCCGGCGCCAAGGAAGUUGUUACUCUUGAAUAUGGAGAAAUUAAAUCCCUGCAUCCGCAAAUUAAAGCUUACAUUCCUAGAGAAUUUAGGAAAGCUUUUCUUAACAAGACACUUGGUGAAUUUGACGCUGUGGUAACAUUUAGCUCUGUUGAGCACUCUGGUCUAGGUAGGUAUGGCGACGGGCUAAACCCAUGGGGAGAUAUCAUUGCGAUCGCGAGGGCAUGGUGUGUGACAAAGAAAGGUGGAUCAAUGACAAUUGGAGUUAUGUAUGAUGAUGAAAAAGAUUACAUAAGAUACAAUGCCGGACGAUGGUAUGGGAAAAUUAGAUACCCGUAUCUCGCCACCAACUGGAAACAACACUACAGAGGAAAUGGAAUUCAAAGAGUUCAUGUAUUCAUAAAACCAUAA